AUGGCCAGCAAAGUAAAAGAAUGUAAGGAUUCAGCUCCAUUCGCCCUCGAAAUUAGUCCUCAUCGUCUCGAAGUGCCUCCAGAUGGUUUGCUAGAAGUCAAUAUAAAAAAUCCAACAGAAGACCAUCAAAUAAUUCGAAUUUAUUUUGAUUCAUUCUAUUUUUUGAUUAAUUUCAAAAAUGCGAGUGAUUCGAUGAAGAUAGGAGAAUCGAAGGCAGCAAUCACUGCGUCUCACGUCUUGGAGCCAGGAAAGAUAUGUAGUUUUACAAUUGGAUAUGAUUCUAGUCAAUUUAAUCCGGCAGACAACAUCUACUACAACUACUUGUCACCUGAAGGAUUUCUGAAAAUCAGACAUCAUAGAAAAUCUGAAAAUAUGCCUGACAAUUCGAAAUGGUCGGAACGGGAGGAGCCACUGGUGUUGAAGGAGAAAACCGAAAAGUAUAAAAAAUUGGAUGAAGUAUUUGCAAACAUCCAAAAAAACCAACAACGCCGCGCCCGUUUCGGUGAAAUCCUCACGAACACUGAUAGCGGUACACAAUGUGAUUUCGUACCAGAAGAAUUUGCCGGCAGUUCUUCUUUUUCUGACCCCGAUGAAAAACGCCGAUAUCGAGAAUUUUUUAGAGCAGUAUGUGAAAAGUGUAUGCCGAAAAAUCUGGAAGAGCUGGAUUCGAUGACAGAUUUGGAAAUUAUAGAAAUGAAGUGCAAGAGAGUAAAGGAGUUGGACGAGAAGCGGAAAGUGAUGCCGAAAGAAAAAGGACCCAUGAAUGCUGCGAUAUUUCUUAGCACAGUUGGAAGUUGGGAGGAAAAAGAGAAGAAGUCCCAGAAAAUCAGCGAAUCCAAAAAUUCGAAUGAUAUCAAAGGGUCUCACAAGGGAACCUUUUUCAUAUCAGGGUUGAGAAUUGGCUGA